UCUUGCCUGAAGCUUAAACACUGUGUAGAAUUCUUUCCUCUCUGUCUGUGUCUUUAUGCUUCCUUCCCCACUUAUUCUACAGAAGGACUUCUUUUUAAAGUCAUGGGGACUUCAUUGUACAUACUUUGGCUGUUCGCCCUGCAUGUGUACCUGACAAGUGGAUAUGAAGGAUCGGGAUAUUCACCACUAGAAGAUGACGAGGAUGCUGCUUAUGCUCGCUCUAGAUACCGCUACGGAGAUACCCCAUGGUGCUCACCUAUAAAAAUAAAAAAUGGUCAUGUCACCUGCACCAGUCCUUCCCGAUCUUAUUACAAAACUGUGAAAGGGACGAGGUGCAAUAUCUACUGUCAGAAAGGCUAUGAGAUAAGUGGAGCUUCUCAGGUUAUUUGCCAAUCGGAUAAACGCUGGUCUAGCAAGUCUAUAUGUAAACAAAAAAGAUGCCAUUCUCUCACCAUGCCAGUAAAUGGAGGAUUCAAAUGUACAGAUGGUGCAUACUUCAACUCCAGAUGUGAAUAUUAUUGCUCGCCAGGGUUCCAGCUGAAGGGGGACAGAAUUGCCACCUGCAUGGAUAGCAAGUCCUGGAGUGGACGGCCUGCAACGUGCAUAGAUUUGGAGCCUCCAAGGAUUCAGUGUCCAAGUGUAAAGGAAAAAAUUGCAGAACCAAAUAAACUUACUGCGAGAGUCUUCUGGGACACUCCGGAAGGACGGGACACAGCAGAUGGAAUCCUAACAGACGUCACAUUAAAAGGAUUGCCAUCAGGCUCGGACUUCCCAGAAGGAGAUCAUAAAAUCCAGUACACGGUAUACGACAGAGCUGAGAACAAAGCGUCAUGUAAAUUUACUGUGAAAGUCAGAGUAAGGCGCUGUGCUAAGCUGAAUGCUCCAGAGAAUGGAUACGUAAAAUGUUCAGGCGUGGGAGACAACUAUGGUGCAACCUGUGACUAUUUUUGCAUGGGGGGUUACGAACUACAAGGAAGCCCAGCUCGUGUGUGCCAGUUCAAUUCAGAGUGGUCAGGCUCGGAGCCCACGUGUUCCUUUAUGAAUAUUAAUGUGGGAUUAAGAAAUGCGGUCGAAUUUUUGGAUCAGUUUUAUGAAAAACGAAGAAUUAUAGUUAUAUCCACACCUAGUGCGGCGGAUUUUUACUACAGGUUACAAGUGGGAACUCUUCAGCAAGCUCAGUGUGGCUUGGACUUAAGACAUGUGACAAUCAUUGAAUUAUUUGGUGUAUAUCCAACGUACAUUGGAAGAAUAGGACGCAGGCUGCUCCCUCCAGCAUUAGGACUACAGCUAAGAUUGCUUCUAAGAAUACCAGAAAGAAAAUUUCAGAUGGUCAUUCUGGAUAAACAUGGCGUGGACAAAGAAAGAUAUGCCAUCCCUAUAAACAAUUCAGACCUUUUCACACUCAUUGACUCCUUCCCUCUUCGAAAAGAUGAGAUGGCAUUUCAAGCUGAAGUAGGACACACAUGUAACUGACAUGUACCGAACAACUUUGAAUAAAGUGAUGGAGAGCUGCUGCUGCAUAUUCCUGCUGUACAGAUUUUUGUGAAUUUCCUUUCUAUAUUUCGGCUUUUAACAUCACAAAUGCAUGAUCAGUGCCAGAUUUAUUGGAUUCAGUAUUACGUACACUCGGGGGGAUACAUUAGCCUUCCCAUUCUACUGCUGCUUGGCAAACCCAUUGAAUGGUCAGUUAAAACCGCUGGGGCUGUUAUUUUUAGUAACAUUUGGAUACAAUUUUAACCCAUGUUAGGCUUGUUUCACACUAUAAAAUUACUCAGUUUUAAAGAUCCGUACGAAGUUCCGUCUGAAAAUCAGCUGAAAACGUCAGUUACAAAAUCCUAUACGGCCGUUAGAAAAUCGUGCAUGCACUAUUUCUCCCGUUACUAUCUUCCAUCACAAAAUAACGUCCGUUAUUAUUAACGGGCUAUAACGGGUUAAACCGGCUAUUAGAAAAAUCCCAUAGACUAUAAUGGGAUUUUCUAACGGCCAUAUAGGAUUUUGUAAUCCAGAGAAUAGUUAGGACGUCACUGUAGAGUUACGAAGAAAGAAAAGGAAUCCUGGCACACCAAUAUCUUGCUGAAGGUGAAGCUUUUUAUUCAAGCAUGUAUUACAUGGGUGAACGCAGCACGCGUUACGGCCAUUCCAGCCUUUAUCAACUGCAUAGUAAUAGUACAGACUAACGUGCUAUUUAUGCGCCAAACACUCAAUAAUUACGUCAUCAGUGAUCCCAGACCGCCUCCCCCCGUGACGUUGUGCUCUCACAAAUUUAUGAAUGGAGACAAGACUGUAGUAUCAGGGGUAGUUACUUCAGACCGGACGUUGCAACUAUGGAAAGAAGAAACAAUACAUAAGUGGCUAUAUGGUAAUUAUAUUCAAUAUAAAAGUCUAGAUAGUUCAUAGUCGCGGUUUAAACCACGAGGUUCCAGUGUACCAAGUUUAUGAAUCCAAUAAGCCUCCUUGCGGGCUAACAGUUUUUAAAAGGUCAGCGCCCCUUCGUGGGGGAAUUACCUAGUCAUUUACUUGGUAUUGUAGCUGAGCAAUGUUAUGAAUUUUAGCAUGAAAAUGGUUCGGUAUCGGCAGCAGUAAAUUUUUACAUCGAAUACUGGAUUUAUGCCUGUUAAUGCGGUGCCCCACACGCUGAGUAGUCUCCCCAACGUAUAGGAGACCGCACGGGCAUUUGAUGAGAUAGAUAACAUUCCUGGAUUGACAUGUAAAAAAAACCUUUAUUGGAAAAGAUUUGCCGGAGGAUUUGCAACGUAUACAGGAGCUGAAGUAACCACCCCCGAUACUAUGGGCUUGUCUCCAUUAAUAUUUCAAAUAUUUCAAAUAUCCAUUCAAAUUUGUGAGAGCACAACAUCAUGGGG